GGCGGGAAGAGGCUCAACAGCCGGCUUCACGCUCGUGCUGAUAGUAUCGUCUGUUUUGAUCGAUACCUUUUCAAACAUGAGAAGGACAGAUGUGAUGGGUUUCGAGCGACCACCUGUCACAGACGGUAACGUCCUAAGCAGAACCAUGUCGUUUCCCGACAUUGUGAUGAUGACACCGGUACAUGUGCCAAGAACAAACUUGAAACGACAAUCUUCUGUUCGUGAUAUCGAUCAUGCCGGUACCGUCUACUAUGCUCGACGUCCACUGCCGCGUUAUACUGGUGCACGAACUCUUCCUCGUAUGGAGUACGAUGUUGGUCCCUAUGCGUUUCCAGAAAAUUUGGCUACAAGACGCGCAGAGGAUACCACUGUUUUUGGCAUGAUGCCAAGAACAAACUACAGGAUUCCCCGAUCAGCUAUAGCAGAAGCGAUCGGCAACGGGCAAUACACGAUCGAGAAAAUUCCAGUCCGAAGUGAUGGAACACCGUUGCCUGAUGCUACCACAGCAUAUUUGAACGAUACUAUUCGACAAACACAACGAAUUGCACCAUACACACGACAAACUACGCUUGCCGCUCCUCUGGCGCAAGAAAUGAAAGCCCUUUCAGCCGAACAGCAAGCUGACGAGGAGUUGAGCAAAAAAAUGCAAGCUCGGGCACUGGCAGCAAAUCCUCAUCUCGGAUAUCAACGUGUGCUCUUCACUCUCACUAAGUAUCCUGCUCUAAUAAUGACAAUGAUUGCCCUUUGGAACAUAACUGGUCGAGGUCAGGGUAUGCCAAAGACUGACAGCGAAAAUGGUGCUUACUAUACUUCGCUAAUAACGGCAGGUAUAGUACUGUUCUCCCAGCUAAUACUCAGCUUCCAUCACCACAACUCGUACAAAACAGCCAAAGCAUUGAGCUACAUGUACCAUAUGUCCAUGGUGUUGGCAUUUUGUGCUGCAGUGAUAGUUAUAGUGCUUGCUUCGGUCAACUUCAAAAAUUACCAAAAUAAUGAGACACCGACCACAUGCAAAUAUCAAAACAAUGCCCCAUGUUACACUAAUGGAGAGCGCACUGCAUAUUUGGCAGUGCUUGUCGGUUGCAGCAGCCUUAUAAUAUUAUUUGCCAUCGAUACAUUCUUUUAUGGAGCAAGUGGCCUUUCCCGAAUGAAGAAGCGACUUCGUGAUGAAUAUGCAAAAGUGAGACGUGAAAGCACCUACCUCAACAGUGGAUUCCAAUAUUAAGUAACUAAUUGCCAUUCUUCAAUCUGAUGAAUAUUAUGUUUACACGGAUGUCAAAUGCUCAAUGAUGUUUAUAUACAAAAAUUGACGA